AUGGCUGGACUGGGUGCUGGCGGGGACGGCGGCGGCUACCGGGACGAGGGUGACGACGGCGUGCUCAAGGCGGCCGUGGAGGUGUUCGCGAAGCUAAAGGACCUCAACUGCCCGGUCCUGGAGGGUCUUUAUAUCACAGAACCCAAGACCAUUCAGGAACUGCUGUGUAGUCCCUCGAAGUACCGCUUGGAAAUCCUGGAGUGGAUGUGUAUUCGGGUCUGUCCCUCCUGGCAGGACAAGUUCAGCUCACUAAAGGGGGCCCCAGUCGAGGUGAAGAUCCAAGAGAUGGUGAGACUAGGCCAGGAGCUGAUGCUGUGUGGGCUGGAUGACCAGGAGCUCCUAAAGGGCCGGGCCUGCGCCCAGAAGCAGUUGCGCUUCAUGAACCAGCUGCUGGAUGGGGUCCAGAGCCUGACUGCCGGAUGCUGCAGCCGCUCCAGCAGUGUGAAGGAGCACUUAGAGGACACCAGAGAGAAGAACGAGGUGCUUCUGGGGGAGCUCUUCUCCAGCCCCCACCUGCAGACACUCCUGAGCCCCGAGUGUGAGCCAUGGUCCCUGGACAUUCAGCCCUUCCUUAGGCAGCAGAGCGGUGCCUGGCAGAGGGCCAGCCCCUGCGUUGAGGUGGAGGACGUGAACGUGGUGGAGCUGGGCAGGCAGCUGCAGGAGAGCGCCGCCAAACUGCAGGCGCUCAGGGUGGAGCACAAGCAAGGGGGCACUGUGAGCGGGGCCGACACCAGCACCCUGGACCAGAAGCUGCGCCUGGUCAUCUCUGACUUCCACCAGCUCGUUGUGGCUUUCCUCCAAGUCUACGACGACGAGCUGGGUGAGUGCUGCCGGCGCCCGGGCCCCUACCUCCACCCGUGUGGCCCCAUCGUCCAGGCCGUGCACCAGACCCUGACUUCGUGCAACCAACUGCUGAGAGCGGUCACGCAGGUCACCGACACCUCGGCAGAAGCCGUGCAGAUGGCGAAGCAGCAGCAGGACGAGCGCAUCUGUUGGGGCGGCAGCAAUUCUCUCACGAGUCUAGCCACCAAAAUGGAAGAACUAACUGAGAAAUACAAGGUCUUCAAUGACAGUCUGAAAGACAUGGAGUAG